AUGGAAAGACCCGUGAGUCCCUCGAAUCCCGAUCUAUUCGACGUGAGUGACUCGUUGGCUCCAUCACGAGUCAACAAGCUCGCGAGUACCACCACUCUCACCUUUGACGGACUCUUGAAAGAUCCGCUUCGACUCAAGGAAGACCUGAAAGAUGGCUGCGGCGGUCAGUUAUGGCCUGCCGGUAUCUUUCUCGCCAGAUAUUUGUUGAGUCAACACUCAUCGGACCUGUCCGGUAAAACCAUCGUGGAACUUGGUGCAGGAGGUGGACUCGUUGGCCUGGCAGUGGCUCGCGGAUGCGAGGUCGCAUCGCCAAUUCAUAUUACCGACCAGCAACCCAUGUUCUCGCUGAUGGAGGAUAACAUCCAGCUCAACCAGCUCAACUUGGCCCCCAUUCCGGAUCAUCUGCCAUCAAACCCCGAUGUGAUCCUCGCCGCCGACUGCGUCUACUUCGAGCCCGCAUUUCCUCUCCUCAUUAUGACCCUCCAAAGCCUUCUGGGCCCUAAUUCGGUGUGCUACUUCUGCUUCAAGCGACGGAGAAGGGCGGACCUUCGUUUCAUGAGAAUGGCCAAGAAGGCCUUCGAGUUCGAGGAGAUUCGUGAUGACCCAAGCGCCACAACGUAUAACCGGGAUAACAUAUUCAUUUACACCAUUCGGCCCAAGCGCACCAAGAACUAA